AUGCUAUUCCAACUUGCUCUUCACCACUUGCAACUGCAAGGUUUGACCGAACGUAGAAAAGGGGGAAUGAAUGAAGAAAGCAAGGUUGUGCAAGUUGCCAUUUCACAAGCGAACUUUAUUGUGUUUGUAGGGACCAUCGUGAAAGUGUUUCCUCUUUUCCACGGGACCAAGUUGGGGGGCACACACCCACUGUUUGUCCUUCUCUGUUUACACCAACAACUAUGCUACGUUUUAUUGGUCAGCAACUCACGUGCUUCUGUUAACACGCUGCCAUGUAGCCAGUUGGUAUUCAAUUCUAUCAAGCUCUACACGUUAUGA